AUGGUCUCCUGGCUUGUAGGAUACAGCCACAGUGAGAUGGUACAGGGAUACAGCCACAGUGAGAUGGUACAGGGAUACAGCCACAGUGAGAUGGUACAGGGAUACAGCCACAGUGAGAUGGUACAGGGAUACAGCCACAGUGAGAUGGUACAGGGAUACAGCCACAGUGAGAUGGUACAGGGAUACAGCCACAGUGAGAUGGUACAGGGAUACAGCCACAGUGAGAUGGUACAGGGAUACAGCCACAGUGAGAUGGUACAGGGAUACAGCCACAGUGAGAUGGUACAGGGAUACAGCCACAGUGAGAUGGUACAGGGAUACAGCCACAGUGAGAUGGUACAGGGAUACAGCCACAGUGAGAUGGUACAGGGAUACAGCCACAGUGAGAUGGGAUACAGCCACAGUGAGAUGAUACAGGGAUACAGCCACAGUGAGAUGGUACAGGGAUACAGCCACAGUGAGAUGGUACAGGGAUACAGCCACAGUGAGAUGGUACAGGGAUACAGCCACAGUGAGAUGGUACAGGGAUACAGCCACAGUGAGAUGGUACAGGGAUACAGCCACAGUGAGAUGGUACAGGGAUACAGCCACAGUGAGAUGGUACAGGGAUACAGCCACAGUGAGAUGGUACAGGGAUACAGCCACAGUGAGAUGGUACAGGGAUACAGCCACAGUGAGAUGGUACAGGGAUACAGCCACAGUGAGAUGAUACAGGGAUACAGCCACAGUGGGAUGACUAGUUUGCUGAUUGCCUGCUUACCACAGAGCUUUCAAAACUGUUUAUAUUGA